UAUAUAAUUAUAUAUAUAAUAAAGCAACAUGUUGCUGAAGAUACAUAUACUCAGCCGUGUGCACGAACGCUGCUUGAGCACAAGCUUGCCGGCAGCACAAUCUUUUCGCAAAUGGUAUCAACAGCUCUGGACAACGGAACGCACCAAUUUGCCGCCUUACGACCACUUUACACAGGUAGGUGAUCCAGUGCUGCGUGGACAUGCCGCUGAUGUGCCUACCGACUAUGUAAAAAGCAAAGAAGUGUCUGAAAUUGUUGAGCAAAUGGUUAAAGUGUUGCGCAAGUACAAUUGUGUGGGCAUUGCAGCGCCACAGAUUGGCAUCUCACUGCGUAUCAUAGCCAUGGAGUUUAAGCAGAGCAUACAAAAGGAGCUGCCCGAGGCCACAUACAAGGCGCGCCGCAUGACUGAGCUGCCACUGACUGUGUUUAUAAAUCCGCAAUUGAGCGUCACCAACUACACCAAGCACAAGCAUCCUGAGGGCUGCAUGAGUGUGCGUGGCUACUCCGCUGAAGUGGAACGCUAUGAAGCUGUUAAGCUAAGCGGCUUAAACCAGGAAGGCUUGCCUACAGAGCUGGAGCUCAGCGGCUGGAAUGCACGCAUUGCGCAACAUGAAAUGGAUCAUUUGGAUGGCAAGCUGUAUAUAGAUCAUAUGGACACCUCCACUUUCAUAUGCACCUGCUGGGAAACAGUCAACACCAAGUCGGGACGCGUGGAAAUUCCCUUUUAUAAAUAGUUUGUUAGCUUUAGAAUUUGUUAUGUUUACAGUAAAAUGCUUUUAUUUAAAAUUGUCUGUAGUGAGGCACGCUUUAAAUGCAUUGU